AUGAAGUUCGGCAAGAGAUUGCUGCAGGAAAGUAUGCAGAGCAAUACAGAGUGGGCUCCAUUCUGGCUGAACUACAAGCGUCUUAAAGUGCACAUCAAGGCCGUGACUUGCGCGGCGCACCACGCUACCAAUCAGCGAGAUAUUUCGGAAUCCAAACUCGAGGUGGCAUUCUUCCGUGACUUGCAGGCCGAGCUGAAGAAGAUUUCGCUGUUUUAUGUGGCAGAAGAGAAACGUUGCUCGUCUCGAUUUCAUCAGCUACGUUCUGUGCGCAAGAGCCUCAAGAAACGAGAUAAGAACGAGAUGUCGGAACUGCUACGACUGUUGCUUGCCUUUGUGCAUUUCUAUCGCGAUUGCAUCCGCCUUGAAAAUUUUGCUGUGAUGAAUUUUCAGGGAUUUUCUAAGAUCCUUAAAAAGCACGAUAAAAUGACAGAAUACAAUACGCGGUAUAAGUACAUGCGGCGAAAGGUGAAUUUAAUGCCGUUCUCCAGCUCCCCAAAGCUACUACAGAUUUUGUAUAGCACAGAGGUAAUAUUUCACGAGAUUGAGCGCGACGUCGGCAUGAGUUCCGCUACUUCCUCUAUGACACUCAGUAACAUACCAUCAGCAGCGACCGUCCCGAGUUGGAAAGCGCAUCUUUCGGUGGCGCAAUCCCCAAUGAGUUUUUCUCGACCUCGCUAUACUUUGUCGCUCCCUUCUAUGCUUCCCUCGCUCCAUAUUGCGUUGUCAACACAAGCUGCGUCGGUACCCAGUUUAAAGCCAAGAGAACAGAGUGUCAGUAAUGGAUAUUAUUACGUCGGCAUGGGAUUAGCAUGA